GCUCCCCGAUCGCCAGUCCGACCGCAGCAGCUCCGAGAGGCCGUGUCCAGCAGCCGGAGGGGCUUCCUGCUUGCCGAAAAAAGAGGACGAAAACUCCAGCCGCCGUGCCAUGGGAAUUCCAGCGCCGCUGGAGGAUGAGGACCUCCUCCGGGAGAUAUUCCUCCGGCUCCCACUGCUGCCGUCAAUCCUCUCCCGCGCCUCCCUCGUAUGCACGCGCUGGCGCCGCAUCCUCUCCGAUCCCCGCUUCCAGCGCCGUUUGAGCAGACACCACCCGGAACCUCCUCUCUUGGGCUUCUUCAAAGUGUCUCGCCUCACAUAUUCCGCCUUCACUCCCAUCUUGGACCCGCCCGACCGCAUCCCCGCCCAACGCUGCUUCUUUCUUCGGCUUUUUCACAGCUUGAGGAGACCUCCUCCUCCUCCUUUGGGUUUCUCCAAAGGGUCUCUUGUCUCAUAUCCCAUCUUCACUCCCGUCUUGGACCCGCCCAAUCGCAUGCCGGCCCAAUGCUUGUUUGUGCCCGAGCACGGGGUGGAUUGGGAAUUACUUGGCUGCCGCCACGGCCUCGCCGUCAUGCUCAGCGAGUCUCUGUGUGAGGUCUUCGUGUGGGAUCCCCUCAACGGCCACCAGCACCGCGUGCCUUUUCCAUCCAAGCUCCACAAAGCAAACAUGAAGAGUUUCCGUAGGUGCACGUGCAGCGCCACGGUGAUGUGUGUUGACGAUCAAGAUGGGCAUGUGCACGAUGAUUCCUUCUUGAGCCCGUCGUUCAAAUUGGUCUUGAUCUGCACCAGUAGAACCUUGAAGACAUCAUUCGCUUGUGUCUAUGAAUCAGCGUCGGGUGUAUGGGGGAAUGUUGUCUCAGCGUCGACUACAGACAUAGUUAUGAAGCCAAAUCCCAGCAUCCUUAUCGGGAAUACAGUUUACUGGUUGCUUCAUGGAGGUCAAAUCCUUGCAUUUGAUAUUGAAAACCAGACUCUUGUCGUCACCAAGACGCCGGCAGAGGCCCAUGGUAUCCACAACUGGUUCAUUCAGCUCUUACGGACAGAAGAUCAUAGUGUUCUUGGCCUCGCCAUUAUGUCCGAACUGGGCAUUCAUAUAUGAGAGAAGAAAUUGAACUCGGAUGGUGUUGCCGGAUGGGCGCUUCUGAAGAAAAUCAAUCAGUUGGAGGGGAUCCUGUCUAAUGCCUUCAAAAAUGCAGUGAUGAUGGGGUAUGACGAGGAGUUAAAUGUGUUGGUUCUGACCACACAAAGGGGCGACAUCAUGCUCCACCUUAAGUCGAUGCAGAUCAGAUUAAUUUCUGAACCGAAUCAACGGUCUCUUAUGGCCCAUUUUCCCUACAGAAAUUUCUAUACUGCAGGUAAUACUUCCGUAUCUCAUUUGUAACAAGAUUAACUCCAAAUGCUAAUUUACCAUUCGUAUGUGUUUGUUUUAUCAGUGUUCAUGUGAUUAAUUGUCAACUUGAUGUAAAUAAUAUAGAGAAACCAUCUAAUCUUUGAAAAAUAGUUACUCUAUUGGA